AUGCGUACUAUUCAGUUAAUGAAUUUGGAGGCACAGGCAAACAACAAAAAAGCGGGUCGAGCGGCCAUGCGAUAUGCCAAGGAACACUCCUUGAUUCCAGACGGUCAGUGCGGUUCUCGGAAGCGUCACCAGGCCAUUGAUCUGGCCCUGUCCAAACGUCUGGUCUGGGACUUGUUGAUUCUCCAACGAUGUGCGGCUGGGUGGAUCUCUAACGAUGCCAAAUCCUGCUUUGAUUGUAUUGUUCAUUGGGUGGCAAUCAUUGCAAUGCUCCGGUUUGGGCUGACAUGGAGGGCCCUAUCCUCCAUGUUUAACAUGCUGUCAUCAGCGACGCAUUGGGUGCGGACGGGCUUUGGCGAUUCCGAACAUACUUUCAAGCCGCCUUCUGUUAUCCCCUUCCAAGGCUGUGGUCAGGGCAAUGGGGCUGGACCCCCUAUAUGGAUCUCCGUGAGCUCCGUUCUCAUUACCAUGAUGGAAGCGAUGGGUUACGGCUUUGAGUGCCUCUCAGCACUGGAGUCACAGUUGGUCACAGCCCAAUGCUUCUGCUUUGUCGACAACACCAACGUCAUUGAGGCUGGCAAUACAGUCCAUCACUCGGGUGAAGCCAUAUGUGCAUCGGUGCAGGAUGCAAUCAACCCCGAGAAGUCCUUUUGGUGGCUCAUUGAUUUCGAGUGGGACUCCCGCACACAUCGGAAAAGAAAGUCAGUUGAUAUUUAA